AUGCACGCGGGUAUCGAUUACCAGCGCUACCUUGCCGAGAAGGAGGCUACCCACGCGGAGUGGAAAGAUUGGGAGAAGAAGCACGGCGCCGCAGCUACCAAAUUGGGCAUCAUGCCUACGACGGAAGAGCGCAGCAGCGACGACUACGAGGAGGACAUGCGCCAGCGCAUCUUCCUGAGCAAGCAGGACGUGAAGCAGGCCCAGGCCGCCAAUCCAGAGGCUCACUUCUCCAUCGACGUCGUCUACUCCAUCAUGACCAAGGAGGAGUUCGCCGACAAGAUCAGGAACUCGUUCGCAAAAGGCAACACCACCAUAAGCCACCAACCUUCGCGUAUAUCUCGGUCUACCAAGAAGCGCUCGGUUUCGACCCCAUCGACGAGAACGACCAACAUCAUCACACGUUCAUUGAACGAGGCAGCAACCAUGGCGCAAUCUGUCGACUGGAGCAGGUCGGCGUGCAUGUCGCCCAUCCAGAACCAGGGUCAGUGUGGAGACUGCUGGGCCUUCGCAGCGGCUGCAGCGGUCGAGUCGGCGCAGUGCAUCGCUGGCGGCGGGAGGUCGCUGCACAAAUACUCGGAGCAGCAGCUCGUGAGCUGCAACACGAAGAACCACGGCUGCAACGGUGGUGCACCUCAAUACGCUUUCGACUACAUCCUCAAGAACGGUGGCUUGUGCAGUGAGACCGCGUUCCCGUACGCAUCGGCAAAAGGCUACAUCCCGUCAUGCGCUAGGUGCACCAAGGCCUACACGGGGAUCAAGGGCUACAAGGUGUUAAACAAGGGCGACGAGGCCGGUCUUAUCAAGGCCAUCAACAAGCGCCCGACGGUCGUGACGGUGGCUGCCGGCAACGUGGCGUGGAAGCAGUACAAGGGCGGAGUGCUGUCGGGCUGCGACACUAGCGCGUUGGAUCACAUCGUGGUGGCGGUAGGCUACGACGCGACGAGUCUCAAGAUCCGCAACUCGUGGGGCACCUAUUGGGGCGAGCGCGGCUACAUCCGCCUCAAGCGGAGGUCCUCGGGCGCUGGUACCUGCAGUGUUCUGCAGCAGAUGGUGCCGCUCGAGCUGUAA